GGCCAUCCUGAGCUGGGAACUUGUUUAUCUGUGGAGAGGGCGGCCCCAGCAUCGAGGGCUGAGCAAAUAUUUGCAGUUACGGAUUAACUCAGUUCCAGACUGUCAUGGCGGCAGGAGGGCAAACUUGCAGUCCCACGGCCCACCCCAGUGUCAGCAACUCCAGAAUGUGGCAGCUCGCAAGCCUCUUUCUGUUUGUGACCGUCUGGGGGAUUUCCAGCACACCAUCUACUCUUGACUCAGUGUUCUCCAGCAGCCAGCAUGCCCACCAGGUGCUGCGGCUCCGCAAACGUGCCAACACCUUCCUGGAGGAGCUCCGGGCCAGCAGCCUGGAGCGGGAGUGCAGAGAGGAGAUCUGCGACUUCGAGGAGGCCCAGGAGAUUUUCCAGAAUGUGGAUGACACGCUGGCCUUCUGGUCCAAGUACCUCGACGAGGACCAGUGCGCGUCCCCGCCCCCCGAGCACCCCUGCGACAGCACGUGCUGCGGGCACGGCAAGUGCAUCGACGGCAUUGGCUCCUUUCACUGCGACUGCGCCGGCGGCUGGGAGGGCCGCUUCUGCCUGCACGAGGUGCGCUUCUCCAACUGCUCGGUGGACAACGGCGGCUGCGCGCACUACUGCGUGGAGGAGGAGGGCUGGCGCCAGUGCAGCUGCGCGCCGGGCUACCGGCUGGCGGACGACCACGAGCAGUGCGUGCCCACAGUGAAGUUCCCCUGUGGGAGGCUGGGGAAGCGGAUGGACAAGCAGCGCAAGAACCUGAAGCGCGACACGAGCCAAGCCGACCACAUAGACCCGCGGCUCGUCAAUGGGAAGAUGUCGCUGCGGGGGGAGAGCCCCUGGCAGGUGAUCCUGCUGGACUCAAAGAAGAAGCUGGCAUGCGGGGCGGUGCUCAUCCACACCUCCUGGGUGCUGACAGCGGCCCACUGCAUGGAGGACUCCAAGAAGCUCACUGUCAGGCUCGGGGAGUACGACCUGCGGCGCUGGGAGAACUGGGAGGUGGACGUGGACAUCAGGGAGGUCCUCAUGCACCCCAAUUACACCCGGAGCACCACCGACAAUGACAUCGCCCUGCUGCGCCUGGCGCGGCCCGCCACCCUCUCCCAGACCAUCGUGCCCAUCUGCCUCCCAGACAGCGGCCUUUCUGAGCGCCAGCUCACGCAGGUUGGCCAGGAGACGGUGGUGACGGGCUGGGGCUAUCGCAGUGAGACCAAGAGGAACCGUACCUUUGUCCUCAACUUCAUCAAGAUCCCUGUGGCCCCACAUGACGAGUGUGCCCAGAUCAUGCACAACAUGGUCUCAGAGAACAUGCUGUGCGCCGGCAUCCUUGGGGACUCACGGGACGCGUGUGAGGGGGACAGUGGGGGGCCCAUGGUGGCCUCCUUCCAUGGUACCUGGUUCCUGGUGGGCCUGGUGAGCUGGGGAGAGGGCUGCGGGCGCAUCCACAACUACGGUGUCUACACCAAGGUCAGCCGCUACCUCGACUGGAUCCACAGCCACAUCAGAGCUGAGGAGGUUGCCCCCAAGGGCCAGGUGCCGUAAUGCCGCUCGCUGGUCUGCCUGGAGGCCGCCCCUGGAAUGGGCCAGGUGGUGGGAUGGUGAUAUGGGGGACAUUAAAGGGACAUGCCAGCA